GAUCUGAUACGGACUACACCCAGGCGCUGCAUGAUUACAUGGGCUUUCUUUCCUGCCCGAGCCAAGACGUGUGUCAACGUCGAAGUGGGGGUAGCUAGAAUUGGAGACACUAAAUUGACCCGUAAGCAGUGCAACAUUGGCUGUAAAGGUCUUAUCCUAGAAACUACAUUUCUGAGUGCAUAGGGAGCUGUAUAUUUUAACUUUCAAAAAUGUCUUGGCAAAGCUACGUGGAUAACCUGAUGGCCGACGGCAGCUGUCAGGAUUCCGCCAUUGUUGGGUAUACGGACGCCAAAUACGUUUGGGCAGCACAUGCCGGUGGUACUUUUAACAACAUAACGGUAAGAAAUGAAAGGGAAACUAUUUUUUAAUGAAUGCCACUAUGUGGAUCUUUGUAUGAAUAAGAAUGAAUGCUGCCUGUGAUAAUCACAACCUCGCCGGACCUAGCUUAAGGAAAGGGUUAACUUGCUACCUAGUGUUAGCCAGUUAACUAGCAGCCAGCUACCGUAAGCUAGCUAGCUUCACCGCCUAUCCCCGUUUGGCCAGCAAAAUCGUUGUUAGCAAGCUAGUAUGCUAUUGCUAACGUGAAAUUGGUACACUACGACUUGUUCGCCAAUAAUAUCAAACUCAAACUAAUGUGAAUUUAACCAGGCAACUACUCGAAUGCCAAUUAUGCAACACUUGCUGGCUGCUAACAAUGUUAGCUAGAGUUAUGUACUAGCAGUCUGAUUAGCCUAACUGGCUAAAUGUCAUGCUGGAACUUGCUUACCAACGUUAGACACAAUGAAUGAGUGUCGUGGUCUGAAGCUAGCUAGCUAACGUCAGCCAUAUAUUUUUCGACUCACUACGAGGCUAACUUAGCCAUUAGCCAACUAACGUUUGUUGGCUAGCUAUGUGAAUUGGAAAGUCAACACUUGUCUUGCCAACGUUUGCUAGCGUCCUCAACUGUUUAUUCUAUACGGGUAUGCUAGCUAACGUUAGUUGCUAACUAGUAGUUAAGUUAUUGUGGCUAGUAGCCAAGUUGGCUACCUAAUGUUUCAAAUUGGAGACGCUAGCCAAUGAUUGUGCAUAUAUUCCGACAUUUUAUGUUAGCUAUCUAGCUAGUUGGAUAAGUAAAUGUGGUUGGUAGGUAGAUAUUAGCUUAUGUUAGCUAGCUGAAGAAAGAACGCUUUAACGUUUUGCUCAAGUCAGGACCUAGCUUGGCUUGUUGCUGCCCAAGAUGGCUGCUCCCCAUGUCUUCCACAAUGGGUAAGCUUGCUAACUACCUAGAUUAGUUUGCAACUAGCUAUUGCAUUUUGAAUUUAGACUCGCUAUGCUAAGUGCUGUACUACUUGCACAUUAUUCCCCAGGUAUAAUCAAACCAACUGGUAAUUGUAACUCCAAUUUGUAAGUCGCUCUGGAUAAGAGCAUCUGCUAAAUGACGUAAAUGUAAUUCGGCAUGUGUUCAAAACAGUGGAGGCUCCUCAGAGGAAGGGAAGGACCAUCCUCGGUGAAUUUCUAAAAAAUAGUAAAACAUUGAAGUUAUCAUUUUUAGCUAAAACUAUAAAUAUAUCCACAUGUCACCAUAAUUGAAUAAAACACACUGUAGGGUAGCACCAUGGUGUAGCUGGAGGACAGCUAGCUUCUGUCCUCCUCUGGGUACAUUGACUUAAUACAAAACCUAGGAGGCUCAUGGUUCUCACCCCCUUCCAUAGACUUACACAGUAAUUAUGACAACUUCCGAAGGACGUCCUCCAACCUAUCAGAGCGCUUGCAGCAUGAACUGAUAUGUUGUCCACCCAAUCAAAGGAUCAGAUAAUGAAUGUAGUACUGAAAGUGUAAGCUACAGCUAGCACUGCACAGUGCAUAAAAUAUGGUGAGUAGUUGAAUUAAAGGAGGAGAAAGACAAUAGUUGAACAGUUUUUAACCAAUUAAUUUCUUAAAUGAAGAGGGUUGUAUUUUGUAUUUAUUUUUUUCACUUACACUUAGCUAGCCAAUGCAGCAAGCUAGUUUAGCCUACUCAAACAUAGGGAUGCUAUGUUAGCUAGCUGGCUAUGACUAUCCAACACAAUGCUGGAACUCUUCCAAGUCAAGGUAAGCUUUUGGUUUUACGAAUGUAUUGCCACCGGGCCCUGCUGGUGUAACUGCUAAACUGCUUACUGACUGCAUACUGUAACGUUACUGCAUUAUUGUAGUUGGUUUACUAACACGUUACUUCUAUUAGCUAUGUUGACAUUGACGUUACUUUAGCUAAUAUGGUGACAACGUAGGCUGUGUGUAGUGGUUAUAUGGUUUGCCUUGGAAAGUUUUUUUUUUCCGCCUGGUCACAUACAGCUCAUGUGUUGUGCAUUUGAAGUCCACAAGCAAAGGUGAAAGGGGAGCACAUAUAUUUAAGAAGGAAUACAACGUGGCUGCUAUGAAAGUGAACUGUGAUCAAGGGUGUAGUCAUAAAUGGAAGCAAACAAAACUGAGAUAAAUAUACUGGAACUGUUGGACUAAUGAUUGCACCCUAGAUUAACUAGAUGCAGGCAAGAGUGUGGAAGGCAGUAUUUAACCUGUGUGCAGCUUCGUUAUAAACUUUCAUUCAUAGGCUAGGUUGUAGCAACCUCAUGAUGGGUGUAGGGAAAACUCGAGUAUCAUGUAGUAGCCUAAACCUAUCGAUGUUACAUUGAACUGGGUGAAUGGAAUAUGACUGACAGUCCUACAAUAUGCUGUAAUAGAAAUAUGGACAUGCCCAUGAGAGAGAAUUAUUCCUCCCUCAUCUUAAACGGCACUGACCACCACUGGUUCAAAAGUACCAUUCAUACUCCCCUUCAAACUUGAUAAAUUAACAAGCAAUAUCGGCAAACAUGAACACGCCUGUGAUUUACCACAGCUGUGUGUGAUGUCAGGGUGGUUUAGAAUUGUACAAAAAAGAACUAUUGCAUGCUCUAUUUAUUUAUUCAUUAAAAAAAAUCCCCCUUCCAGUGGUGCCACACCCACCAAUAUGAGCACGCUUUGACAAAGACAGAUUGAGGUUGAAAAGCAUCAGCUUUCUUACAUUAUUAAAAGAUCACUUGUGCAUUAGAAUACUUCUGUUGUGCUCUUUUUCGGGAGAUGCCAUCACCCUUUGUUGAAAUAUGACUUAAAUCCAUAUGAGCACCCCAUUCAAUUGAAGCCUUUAGUAGCGCCAGCAUUUCUAAACUUACCAUGUCCACUUUUGAGUCUGCAUUAACUUUCUAUAUGUACUUCCACUGUUUUUCAGCCUCAAGAAAUUGAUGUCCUCAUUGGAAAGGACAGGACUAACUUCUUCACCAACGGCAUGGCCUUGGGUUCAAAGAAGUGCUCGGUCAUCAGAGACAGCCUCCAUAGUGAAGGGGACUGGACAAUGGACAUCAGGACAAAGAGUCAAGGAGGAGAGCCAACAUACAACAUUACUGUAGGCAAAGCUGGCAAAGGUAAAGGGGGACCACUUUUUAUAGUGGUAAACAAAAUAUUUUAGUGAUUGCAACAUUGUAGGAUGUAUCUAGGGCUAUAACAUACUCAAGUUGUCUUUAGUCAAUGCAAGCAGAUUGUUGGUGAUUAUUUAUUCUCUAAUGCACUCUGUUCCCAUAUUAGUAUAUGCAGUUUUUUUGUUGAAAAACAAUACAGCAGAAUAUAUUAUUGUUAGUCUGAGCAUGUAAAAUUGCAGAGGAAAAUUUGCAUUUGUUCCAUCAAUUUAGACAAUGGGUACAAUUGUAAAGUAUGACAUUGCUGUGGCUUUCAGAUGGAAAUCUGAGAACUGUUACAUUUCCUCACUGGUCGGAUGUCCAUUGAGGAAAAGUUGAUGUUACUUCCUCGGAUCCAUACUUUGUAUGAGAGAAAUGCUAGUUGUGAAUUAGGCUUCAUUCUAUUUAGUGUAUUGAAUUGAGAUAAGAAAUGGCAUGAGAAAAUAAACAAGAAGCCAAGGUUUACCUACUAAGUCAAUCUGCUUUUGUGGUCCUUAAGGCUCGUGCACAUCGCACCGAAUGUGAAUCUAACGUUCGUAUGCCGAACGUUGAGUGCGCUGUUUUUUAUGGACCACCUGCUGUAGAUGUCUGACUGCUGACAUUUUUCACAGAUUCUACAUGUAAAAUCGGUGCGCACUCAGCUCACAAAUUACUUUGAGGCGCUAAGUACUCUUGGCCUGCUAUUGGUGUGUCUGAGCCCUUACUCUGACCGUCUGUCCUCACCUGAGUCUAAUCAACAACUCUGAUGGUCUUUACCUUUCAUGAUUAUUUUCUUAAGCUGUACCUUAACUAUUGUGUGGUUGUCAACCUCACUAACAUUUUAGCUGCAUGCUUUGGGUAGUCUAACGCCUACAUUAUUCCUAGCCCUCUUGUCUCCUUGGACAGUAGCCUACAAUGUCUCUUCACAUUUUGGCACACUAGACUUGUAUGCAAGCAAUAUGGGUCUGUAGCCUAAAUUUGGAUAAACUAGCAGUCCAUGGACUUCCAUUUUCAAGUCUGUCUGUCACGUUUCAUAUGCUACGUGCAUAUAUAAUAUUCUGGCUCAUGUUUUUGGGUAAGACGUUGGCAAGUAUUAUGAAGAGAAAUGGUAGGUGGCUGUCCAAUCUCCCUGUGACACUUUGCCUCUAACGUCACUAAUAACCCUGACUCAGAUGCCAGUGAAGAAGUGGCUCUAAAAACAUACCACACACAUCCCUCACCCAUUUCUCUUCAGAUGGAAGGUCCCAUAUAUAUGCAUGUAGUAAAUCAGCUGGUCUGUGGAGUGGUUUUGAUGACCCCUGCUAAAAGUAGCCUAAUAAACUAGAGAUUAUAUGAGCCUGGCCUGAGCCUCACUUUGCAUGCACUCCUAAGGGGCAGAAAUAUUUUUGACAUACCUUUUUUUAUUUUUUGUCAAUUUUGCUUUUACCUGGUGUCUGUACAGUUGAACAGCUUCUAAAACAUUUAACGUCAACAUUUGCAAGUGCGCAUUGAACUUGUAUGCAAGUAUUCAGUGGACUUGUGAAGGAUAGGCUAUUCUCUGAAGUUACUGUCUACUUGAUUUAAUGUAAGGCUUCAGAGCUUAUAGUAAACACUUAUUUACUCCUACAAAAAGGAUAAAUCAUACCAUAAUAGUUGGCUGUAGUAUUGUAGGUGUUUUGACCACUGACAGAGGUUUUAUGGGUAUUUUCCUCCAUGCAUGCUCUUCCUUGUAACACAUGCGAAACAAGUAGCCAUAACUUUAACUUCAAUAAUGCCAACUGUACACUUCCAUAUAAUGACUUACCUUUUCUUCUCUUGACUGCCUUUCCUUAAUCCUCUUUCACCUCUAAACUUUCCCUUUUCCUUUCUUCUCUUUCAGUCUUGGUUCUUGUAAUGGGCAAAGAAGGGGUCCACGGAGGCGGAUUGAAUAAGAAGGCAUACUCAAUGGCAAAAUACUUGAGGGAUUCAGGGUUCUAGUGUCACCAAGCUUGCUUAGUUAAAAUUGAGGGACAAAAGGAAGAGAAUAAAUAUUGCUGUUAAGAUUUCUCCUGCAAGCAGUCAAAUGUCGUGGAAACUUUGAUAGCAAUGAAGAGUAGUGGUGGUAACAUCCUAUGUCACCUUUAUCCCCACUCUUAGUGGGGAAAAAUACUAUUUACAAUUUUGUUCGUUUUUCCUUUUGUUUCCUUGUGUGCUCCAGCAUUGGUUUUAGUCAUGGGAAAGGAAGGGGUCCAUGGCGGACAGCUCAACAAGAAAGCAUUUACCAUGGCUGAGUACCUGAGGAAGUCUGGAUAUUGAAGCAGCCUCUACCCAUCCAUCUUACUCACCUCCAUUGUGUUGACAGUACUUUGAGGAUUAGUUAGCAGACACAUUGUUACUCUUCCCCCAGUUCUAUUUUUCUGUACACCCUUUAUUAGUUUUAUUUUUUAUGUUAAUUCAUGUUUUUUUCUCCCAUCUCCUCCCCAUACUUUUCUCAGAGUGUUAACACUAUGUACUGUUUCUGACACUAGAGUAAGAAGAGCGUGUUCAUCAGAAAUGGUUAAUCUAUAUUUACCAAAAUAAAUGAGAAUUGUAAUUAAAUUGUAUACCAAAUUUGGACUUGGCUUGUAUAAACAAAUACGUAGCAAUUGGAAAAUGACAAGAGGAAGCACACCUUAAAUGGCUGCGUCAUUCGAUGGUGCAGAUAGUUUUGCAUAUGACAAUGCAUUUUGAAGAGAUGACCGUCUGGUGUAGUCUUCCUUUCCUCAGCAUGUCAGGGUUUGAAAGUUGCAUGCAUAUCUUUUAGUAUACAGAGCUUCUCUUUCCUUGCCCUUCCCAAACCUUUAUAUUCCAUCCAGAAAUGUUAUUUUCAUUCAGACCUCUGUUUUCUUGCUUUGUCAUUUGAUACAUGCAUCAUUAAGGUAAAUAUUUUCUCCAGCAAAAUCCUCUAUACAUACACUUCUUGAAACCCCUCCAGCUGAGUCAUCCCACCUUUUUAUUUUUUAGGUUGCAUUAUCUUCCACCAAAUGCUUUUGCUGUUGUAUCUUCAAUGUGGUGUUGGAAUAUUGUUUGAGUGUAAUGGCAGAUAAGAUCAGCAUUGCUGAGGUUUUUUUUUUAUUCCUCCCAUGAACCUUCAAUACGUCUUGAAGUCCCCAUGGACAUUCCAUCUUUGCAAUAGCUCAGGCACAUAUCUAUGAUCUACCAGCUCCUGCAAUUUUUCACGCUGCUGACAUUGCGCAGUGUAUCGUCCCUACAAACCAUGUUUUGGCAAGUUCUUUUUCAUAGGACCAAAUAGGGUGUUAGGGUGAUUUUCAGAAUAGCUUCAAACCAUUGUGAAAGAUGAUUGUUGGCCUCAUUUGUUUGACUAAGUCAGUAGACACUACUUCAGAUGGCUGUAAAACACUUACUGCUUCUUUAGAUUACUUUGAAACGAAUUGAUUUACUGCUAGUUUGUCGUUAACAGAUGAAAUCGCAGUCUCAUUUGACAACUGGUAACAAGAGUAUUCUAAGUGAAUGACUAAACCCAAGCUCUGCUGUCAACAAACUCUUUGAAUGAAUUGCCUUGUGCUCUACUCAUCAAAGAUGUAUCAGCAACUGUCAGUGCAGUACCUAACAGUAUAUUAAAAACAAUUGAAAGUGUUUACACUAAAUUGAUGGAAAAUGGUGUUGGUUGGAAUAAAAACACUAAUGAGUUGUCUUGUGAAAACUUUCUAAGAAAACGAUCCUGUGCCAUAACAUAGAUCUGAUCUGUUGCUGCUGCUGAGGUUAGAUUUCUGACUUCUGCCCCAGCAGGGACCAUGGCACUUUUCCUUCGGUAAAGGCUUUGUGGAAUAUGUACAGAACUAAAACUAAUUACUCACUGAUUUGUGCUUUUCUUUCCCUUAUGCAUUUGGAUUCAGUCAAAAAAAUGUAAUAUGCAUUUUCAAAAAUGUUUUGGGGAAAAUGCCAUAAAUUGAUAAAUCACCUUGUUUACAGACAGAUCAAAUAAA